AUGCUAUCUCCCGCCAAUUCCGCCUUUUCUGCUGCUCCUUCGCCUGCCUUUCAGCCCGUGCCAAUCCCAGGCAAUGGCUCCCUCGGUGUAGCGACCCCAACGAUCAUCGACUACGACUUCUGGGACCAGAGCAUUCUGUCCUCGACCAAUUGGCUCGGUGCGAUUGACGAGAAUGGCUUCCAUGGCUAUCCUAUGUCGCAGUUUCCCAUCACGCAUGAUCCUCUUUAUCCUCUGCAUCCUGCUCUUGGCCCAUCACCCGCUCAAUCAGCGCUUCUCCAGGCUCAUGUUAGCCAAGCUGCUUCAGCUUCUCCGGGCAGUGUCCUGUCUGCACCGUCCACUAACGCAACACGGAGCUACUCAUCCGAGCAGUCUCACGAUCAUGACACUGGCGAGACUGGUGCCUAUUAUGUUGAUGGGCAACCAGCGAGACUACCGCGUAUCAAGCGUCGGAGGACAUCUGCUCCGACGCCUCCCGAUCGGCCGCGAACUGACGUGGUCUUCAGUCUACGAUUGCCUGACUUGAGCGAGGAGCCGCAGACAUGCUACUUCAAGGUUGAACAAGGAUGCUUCACAGCGCUCCAUGAGUUACACCUACACCUGUGCAUACAUCCUCCGCCGGGCUGCAUCGCUUUCGAACCUGUAGAACUGCCGAGCCAAGAAGUCAUCAAUCACCUAGUCGCCUGGUACGUGAAGCACUUUGACCAGGCUCUACCUUUUCUCCACGUCGUGGACGCGGAAAAUAUCGGCAGAGAUCAGAACCUCAUACUUGCCAUGGCGACUAUCGGAUCGCAGUACCUGGAAGGCAAAGGCUCGUCAAUGUUCAGAUCAUCCUUGCAUGAGUUCCUACGACGUCUGAUGCUGUUCAAGCAAGCGACAACAGUCCUACCCACGCCAUUUGACUUUUGCCAUAUGGGCGCCGAACUGCUGCAGGUCGUCGCAUUGGCUUAUAGUGGUGAACAGAGUCUGGAGAACUAUGCUAAAGGGCUCUACAAUAAGCUGACUGAUGUCUUCGAGGGUGCUCGGGGCAUAGCACUAUCGUUGCAAGUCAGUUCGGAGAAUGGUUCAGACAGCAUUCACAACUGGCACCUGUGGAGACAGCGUGAACGUGUUAUACGUCUUGCUUACUCGGCCUGGCUAGUGGACUGCAUGUCGCAGUACCAUCUUGACUUGCGGCAGAUGCUGAGCCUCAAGGACGCAGACCUGCCACUGCCGAGCGAUGAACGACAGUGGCGAGCCGAGACAGAACAAGAAUGGGGCUCUUUUGGAGAGGCACGGGCUCAGCCGACUCUCAGUCAAGCCCUGCAGGAGCUCUACGUCGACAAAAGACUUCCUCGCGACAGGGGCGAGUUCGCCAGGAUCUUGAUCAUUCAUGGUCUGUAUCAUCGCUUGUGGGAAGUCGGACAAUACCUAUCGGAUCCUCUUUCCCACUGGGAACCUACAGCUCGUCGUCAGUCAAGCUCUGAGCUCUUGCCCCAGGAACCGAUCUGGUUACCGAGUGUGCCGACGUUCAUGAAAUGGCAGAACUCUGCGUGCGAUUGCCUUGACGUGCUUCAUUGGCAAGCUAAUGCUACCAUCGGGCAAGCUAGCGGUCUGGAGCAUCCUACAGUGUUGCAUCUUCACACAGCUAGGAUCGUGCUGCUCACACCUUACACGGAGAUCGUUCGUCUCGCUCGUGCGAUGAGUGCCAGAAACUCUGGAGCGGCUUCGCCGUCUCUAGCAAGCGACAGAAAGCUCGUCCAGCGAUGGGCAGUCCAGCAGCAGUUCAAAGCAAGGCUCGCCAUAGUCCAUGCAGGAGUCGUUUUCUGGCACGUGCGACGCUACUCAAUCGAUGCAUACUACGAAGCUCCAGCAGUUGCCCUUGCUGCUUUGGUACUCUGGGCUUUCGGAACAUUUGCCUCUAAACGAGACCUCACCAGACAAGAGCCACAGGCAUGUUCCUCGCAGCCAAAGACUUUGCGAGAAGGUCAAGACCUGAUCAAUGAGUCGGAGCAAGGCGACGAUGCCGUUUGUGGAAUCAUCCUCCUGGAUAGACCAGCUGAUGACGAGAUUGUGCAGCAGUUUAUUCGCACUGGGCAUAACAUGAAGGCUCACAUCACUGGUGUUGGAGACCUGUAUUCUAGUAAAGGGCCGGAACGAGUGUUAGCGCAAGGAGCAAAGCUGCUGAGCACGCUGAAAUGUUGGGGAAUGUCUACAUCUUGGCUGAAGCUGUUGAAUGGACUUAUGGAGGCGACGCGGAAGGGGAAUGGGAGUGUCGCAUCGGGUACUUCUAGGGUAUCACAGCCGCUAUAA